UCAGGCCGGUUGCACCCUGGCAGGGUCUAUUCCCCAGAGCCUGAGCUGGCAGUAGUGGGCACAGCAUGCUGGCUAAGGGGUCUUCCUGGCAUUCAGUGCUGGUCAAAGUCUGCCAGGCCUUCCUGGGCACCAGCAGGCAGGGCCUAGCAAAUCACCCCAAGACGUUUGUUAGAGGCAUGGCUGGCACCUCUGCCCACAGUCCUCGCCCCUUCCACGAGAUCCCUUCCCCAGGUGACAAUGGUUGGCUAAACCUGUACCAUUUCUGGAGGGAGAAAGGCACUCACCACAUCCACUAUCGCCACGUCCAGAAUUUCCAGAAGUACGGCCCCAUCUACAGGGAGAAGCUCGGCAACGUUGAGUCAGUUUAUAUUAUGGACCCUGAGGAUGCGGCUCUGCUGUUCAAGUGUGAGGGUCCGUACCCGGAGCGCUACCUCAUCCCCCCCUGGGUGGCUUACCACCAGCACUACCAGAGGCCCCUUGGUGUCCUGCUCAAGAAGUCAGAAGCCUGGAAGAAAGACCGUGUGGUCCUGAACCAGGAGGUGAUGGCCCCUGAGUGCAUAAGGAACUUUGUGCCCCUGCUGGAGCCGGUGUCCCAGGACUUCAUCAGCCUCCUACACAGGCGCAUCCAGCAACAGAACUCUGGGGAGUUCUCAGGGGACAUCAGUGAUGACCUGUUCCGCUUUGCCUUUGAGUCCAUCACCAACGUCAUAUUUGGGGAACGGAUGGGGAUGCUGGAGGAGGUGGUGGACGCUGAGGCCCAGAGGUUCAUCAAUGCCAUCUACCAGAUGUUUCACACCAGUGUGCCCAUGCUCAACCUGCCCCCGGAUCUCUUCCGGCUCUUCAGGACCAAGACCUGGAGGGACCAUGCGGCUUCGUGGGAUGUGAUCUUCGAUAAAGCCAACACGUACACCAAGAACUUCUACUGGGACUUGAGACAGAAGCGAGACUUUCAGAACAAGUAUCCCGGCAUCCUCUAUAGCCUCCUGGGCAGCAACAAGCUGUCCUUCCAGAACAUUCAGGCCAACAUCACCGAGAUGUUGGCAGGAGGUGUGGACACGACAUCCAUGACCCUGCAGUGGCACCUGUACGAGAUGGCGCGCAACCUCAAGGUACAGGACAUGCUUCGGGCUGAGGUGCAGGCGGCCCGGCGCCAGGCCCAGGGGGACAUGACCAAGAUGCUGCAGCUGGUGCCACUGCUCAAGGCCAGCAUUAAGGAGACGCUGAGGCUGCACCCUAUAUCCGUGACCUUGCAGAGAUAUCUUUCGAGUGACUUGGUUCUCCGUGAUUAUUUGAUUCCAGCCAAGACACUGGUGCAGGUGGCCAACUAUGCCAUGGGCCGGGAACCCAGCUACUUCUCCAACCCCAUCACUUUCAACCCAACGCGGUGGCUGGACAAGGACAAGAACACCACCCACUUCCGGUACCUGGGCUUUGGCUGGGGUGUGCGACAGUGUCUGGGCCGGCGGAUUGCAGAGCUGGAAAUGACCAUUUUUCUCAUCUAUGUGCUGGAGAACUUUAAGAUUCAAUUGCAACAGUUCACAGAUGUGGGUACCAAGUUCAACCUCAUCCUCACGCCCGAGCAGCCCAUCUACUUCAUCUUCCUGCCCUUCAAAAAGGACACUGCCCAGGCAUGAUCACAGAGGGUGGCCCUGACCCCUACCACCAGGCAGCGGUUGUGUGGGCAAAUGGCUGAGUGGGCAUCACCGGGCCUCACAUCUGCAGUCCCAUGUCCCCAGUCCCUCAGGGCAGGUGGUUUGGCUCACUGGUCACCUGCCCCAGCUCAGUGGAGCCCUCCCCUCCCCUCCCCUCCAGCCCACUCUUCCCCAUCUUCUGCUCUGGGAAGACAAUAAAUGCCUGAACUAUG